AUGGUUAUUGGUAUUUCAAGAUUAACUGGAUCUAUUGGCCAAAAAAGCCUAGUUUCUGGUGUUCGUUCUUUAACAACUGCACCAUCACAAACCACCAAAAAACCGGAAAAAACACACUUUGGAGAUUUAUCUGAUGAAGACAGAAUAUUUACAAAUCUUUAUGGUAAACAUGAUUAUCGUUUGAAGGGUGCUCUUAAAAGAGGUGAUUGGUAUAAAACAAAAGAAAUAAUUCUUAAAGGCCAAGAUUGGAUAAUAAAAGAAAUCAGUACAUCUGGAUUACGUGGUCGUGGUGGAGCAGGUUUCCCUUCAGGUAUGAAAUGGGGAUUUAUGAAAAAACCUUUUGAUGGUCGUCCAAAGUAUCUUGUCGUUAAUGCUGAUGAAGGAGAACCAGGAACUUGUAAGGAUCGUGAAAUUAUGCGUCAUGAUCCACAUAAACUUAUUGAAGGAUGUCUUAUUGCUGGUGUUGCAAUGGGAGCCCGUGCCGCCUACAUUUAUAUUAGAGGUGAAUUCUACAAUGAGGCAUGUAUUCUUCAGGAAGCUAUUCAUGAAGCUUAUAAGGCUGGAUAUAUUGGAAAAAAUUGUCUUGGAACUGGUUACAACUUUGAUAUCUUCGUUCAUCGUGGAAUGGGAGCUUACAUUUGUGGUGAAGAAACUGCUUUGAUUGAAUCUAUUGAAGGAAAACAAGGUAAACCUAGAUUAAAGCCUCCAUUUCCAGCUGAUAUUGGUGUUUUUGGAUGCCCAACAACAGUUACAAAUGUAGAAACUGUUGCUGUUGCUCCAACAAUUUGUCGUCGUGGUGGUGAAUGGUUUGCUUCAUUUGGUAGAGAAAGAAAUCGUGGAACAAAAUUAUUCUGUAUCUCUGGACAUGUUAAUAACCCAUGUACUGUUGAGGAAGAAAUGUCUAUUCCACUUAAAGAUUUAAUUGAAAAGCAUUGUGGAGGUGUUAUAGGUGGUUGGAAUAAUUUGUUGGCAGUUAUUCCAGGUGGAUCAUCUGUACCAUUAAUGCCAAAAGAAGUUUGUGACAAUGUACUUAUGGAUUUUGAUGCACUUGUUGCUGCUCAAUCAGGUUUAGGUACAGCAGCUGUAAUCGUCAUGAAUAAACAAUCAGAUGUUGUUAAAUGUAUUGCACGAUUAUCUUUAUUUUAUAAACAUGAAUCAUGUGGUCAAUGUACUCCAUGUCGUGAAGGUUGUGAUUGGCUUAACAAAAUUAUGUGGAGAUUUAUGCAUGGUAAAGCCCAAAAAUCGGAGAUUGAUGCUGUUUGGGAAUUAACUAAGCAAAUCGAAGGACAUACUAUUUGUGCUCUUGGUGAUGCUGCAGCUUGGCCAGUUCAAGGACUUAUUCGUCAUUUUAGGCCAGAACUUGAACGUAGAAUGGCAGAAUAUGCUAGCAAAAAAAUAUCUACUGAAGAAGUAAAAGUUGCUGCAGCUGGCAGUCAUUAA